AUGGAUGUAUUUUACUGCUGGGAUAGCUGUGGCAUUGACUUUGGCGUCUGCUCGUGCGACAGCUCCUGUCAGUACCAUGGCAACUGUUGCCCUGACUUUGAAUGGUAUUGCCCAGUGUCUACAACAUCAACGCCAGCCAUGGUAACAGAAACUUCCGAUGUGCAUUAUUCCUGCUGGUAUAACUGUGGCAUUGACUUUGGCUACUGCUCGUGCGACAGCUCCUGUCAGUACCAUGGCAACUGUUGCCCUGACUUUGAAUGGUAUUGCCCAGGGCCCACAACAUCAGGGCCAUUCGUGACAACAGAGAAUCACCCUGAGUGUGGAGGACACCUGUAUGGUUCUGGGAUGUUUUCCAGUCCCAACUACCCAAGCUAUUACUAUGACAACGCCUACUGUGUGUGGUAUCUCUCUGCUCAGUCAGGACAGAGGAUCUUCCUGUCAUUUUCUGAUGUACAUUUGGAGCGCUGCUGUAGCUGUGACUACAUCUCUGUGUACGACGGCCCCUCCACUGGUUAUCAACAGCUGGGACGGGUCUGCUACAGCAAUACCACUAACCAGGUGUUUCACUCUUCUUCUCGAUUCUUGACUGUUCUCUUCAGGAGUGAUUAUUCUGGUGUCAGUCAUGGUUUUAAAGCCCUAUUUACAAGCUCUCUGACGGCAGAUCAAGGCCGUGUGGACUGUUCUUCAGACAACAUGGUUAUUGUCAUUCAAACAUCAUAUCUGAACUCGCUUGGCUUCAAUGGAAAUGACCUUUAUGUGGAUGACCAUCGGUGCAGACCCAACAUUAGCAGUAGUGAGGUUGUUUUCCGCUUCUCUCUUGACACAUGUGGGACUGGCAGAGAGAUGAUGAAUGGUUACGUGACUUACACCAACAACGUGCGGGCGUCUCAGUCUCAGUCGGGCGAGAUCACCCGUCAGUCACAGUUUCUGUUACGUGUGGGCUGCAGAAUGGAGCCGGACACGAUUGUGCAGAUUUUGUACAAGACCAGAGAGAAUGUCAAUGCCAACAUCACAGGAACGGGUCGCUUCAAUGCCAGCAUCGCCUUCUACACCUCCAGCAGUUUCCACCAACAAAUUUAUGACUCUCCAUAUGAGGUGAACCUCAAUCAGGACAUGUAUGCUCAGGUUGAGUUAAACAGACCUGAUAGCAGCCUGGAUCUCUUUUUGGACACCUGUGUAGCAUCUCCAGAUCCAAAUGACUUCAAAACUCUUUCCUAUGACCUGCUGCGUAAUGGAUGUGCUAGAGACAGCACAUAUGUUUCCUACAUCAAUGGUCAGCAGUACUACGCUCGGUUCCGCUUUCAGGCUUUCAAGUUCCUUCGGACUCACGCCUUUGUGUACCUGCAGUGUAAGGUGAUCAUCUGCCCAGAUAGCGAUUACAACUCUCGCUGUCGCCAGGGAUGCCGCUUACGCCGCAAGAGGUCGCUGGAAUCCAACUAUCACACCAACACUGUGAUACUGGGGCCAAUCAAACUCAGAGGAAGAGGGCCUGGUGUGAAGCGGUCUGAGAAAGGAAUAAAGUGAUCAUCUUCAGAGAUCCUUCCUGAAAUCCCUGAUUAUAACAUAAUUCUGUCCUUAUUAACCCCUCAAAUGAAUCUCAGUCAAAUUACAAAUCAAUAAAGCAUUUCUGAACAGCUAUGCUUGUCAUUAGUGUGUCAUUGGUGUGUUUCAUUUCAUCAAACCAUUUUUAAGACUGGGAAAUCUAACAACAUUCUACAUUUUCUCAGAUUAUAAAGCAUUUUUAAGGAUGCACAA